UGAUGGAUCUUCAAAUCUCAGUUUUUCUUCUGUUCAUUCUGUUCACUGCAGGUACAAAGACAAAUAGUUUUUACAAUGUUCCUGACUUCAAAUACAGAUCAUAUUUUUCCACUAAGUGUUAUGAGUGCAUGCAUGAUCCAACGGGUUCUUGUAUGAAAAUAUCGGUGCAAUGUCCCGUUGGAUUUUACAAAUGCUUCAGCUCGACAAUGGUAAUAGAACACGGUUUUUUAGGUCUUGAUACUGAAGUGAUGAACAAAACAUGCGCUGUUGGCUGUAAAAGUGGGUCCUUGAACUCUGGCAAACUAAAGAUUUCUGGUUCCUGCUGUGGCACUAACUUUUGUAAUGCCAUAGAUGCUCCAGAUCCCCGAAAGAACAUUCCUAAUGGAAAUAAAUGUUACUAUUGUGAUGAUCAGAGCUGCUCAAACAUAUUGAGCUGUUCAGGGACUGAAGACCGCUGCGUUACAUUAAGAAUGACUUUGGGAGGGGCACUAAUGGUUUUAAAAGGGUGUGUCUCUAAAUCUCUCUGUGAUACCCCAACAUCUACUCUUAUUCAGGAGUUCUCAUGUUGUGAGGGGAACCUGUGUAAUGGUGAUAAGCGUGUCAGCCAGAGCGUCACCCAGAGUUCCAUGUAUAACCGUGAUAAAAGGGUCACCAAGAGUUUCAUCCAGAGUUUUGUGCAUAAGAGUGACACCCAGAGCUCCAUAUAUAACGGUGCUCACAGCGUCACCCAGAGCUUCCUGUUCCUCUGCUCUUCUCUGCUCUCCUACUUCCUGCUGCACUGAAUUGUACUGAUUAUAUAGCCUGUAUUUCUUUGUACUAUCUUGUCAUCAUUCAACAAAAAAAAAAUCUCACCUGUUUUUUUUAGUCAUUUAAAUAAAUUUUUUUGUGUAAUUUAUAAGCAGGUGGCAGUAGAUGAACUUUCGUACUAUAUAUUGUAAAAAAAUAAAAUAAAAAAAUUAUAUUUCUAUUUCUAUCUCCUUCCAAUAUAUAAUCCAAAACCCCCAAGAUCAACUUGUGCUGAUGAAAUCCUUUGGAGUCUGAAUCUGCGUGAGGUACACUGUAAAACCGUACACUGUAAAACAGUUUCAACUAAUUAAAUCAAAUGAGUACUAUUCAAAGUUUAUUGUAAGUUUAUUGUUUAUUGUAGAAAAAAGUGAAAAUAGCAUAUUUUCUUAGUGAUAGAUGCUAUUUACACUAAGUGCAAAUAGCGAUAUAUUCUAUUUACACUAUGUAAGAGUAGCAGAUCUUUGCAAUAAGUGUAAAAAGUAAUUACGCUAUUUAUACUUAUGAAUAGUGGCAGAUAUUUGUGUAACAAAAAUGCCAAGCUCUGUCACCAACCAAUCACAGAGAGCACCAUCACCAGAAUUUAAAUCACGCGAACCUGAAGCCCUUUCAGCUAACUAGCCGGAAAAAGUAUUUCAGCACACACCUCGAGCCUCAUAGUUGUCUGGUCUCAUUUCGAGAAAGGACUGUUUACCUGUACUCCACGUUCCAGCAACAAUACUCCAACAUUCUCUCUGUUCCUGUUCUCCAUGUCUCCCUAGUCUUCUCCUUGUGUUCCAUGUGUGCAACUUACCUCCAAACACACCAGCAUCUACUCGAGGUGUGUACUCUCUCCAGUUCUGAAGAUCUUCUCACCAUCUGCAAAGACCGUAAAACAGUUACCAUCUCAUCUCUCCAUUGAGCUUGAUGAUUUACUGUUUCCUCACCUGCUUCUGUUUACCCUGCUUUGCUGCAAUAAACUAACUACUGUUGAAUUGUA